AUGAAGCUUUUGAUAAUCCUCACAAUAUUCGCCACGUCCUGCUAUGCUGCAGAUUUUGACAAACUUGUCUUGCGAUUUUUUGGGACCGGCUACAAUGACUAUAAAAAUUUGACAAUGACUGGAAAUUUCAGCGCUAUUAAUGGAACUGCUUAUUUCGACAUGACAAAAUUGAGUGCUUUGAUUAUUCAUGGACGGGUUGAAAAUUACUCAAGUGAUGUUGUAAAGGAAUUGCAUGGUGCCUUUGCAACUAGAUCAUCUACCUAUAACAUCAUUUUGGCUGAUUGGGGUGCAUACUCUGAAGAAUUUUAUCUUAAAAUGAUGCUUAAUCUCAAUGACAUGGCUGACAACUUUGUCUUCCUUCUAAACAAGACAAAGACUGCUGGUUAUGACUUGAAAAAAAUUUAUCCAGUUGGUUUUGGUGUUGGAGCACAUGUUGCAGGUCGAAUUGGAUCAAUUUUAAAGGACCAAAAUACCACAUUGCCAAGAAUUACAGGACUUGAUCCAACAGGUGUUCUUUACAAUUGGGCUGCAUUGACUGUAAAAAUUUUUGGUGCCAAAGGUAAUAAGACACCAUUUAAAACAUUGUACAAAGGAGAUGCCAGCUUUGUCGAUGUCAUUCAUACAAAUGCAUUCUGGUACAGAGGCGUUGAUGUUGCUAUGGGUGAUGUCGAUUUCUGGCCAAAUGGUGGAGUGACUCAGCUUAAAUGUGACAAAAACUGCACAUUCCCUAAAGUCAUCUAUAAGGUUGAAGAUUGCUCAACAUGCAGCCACGAUGCAGCUUUUUACUACUAUGCAGAGUCAGUCAGGAGCUUCUUUCCCAAUUUUAACUCUAAACUCUGUAAGAAAAAUACUUUGAUAAAGUCAUCAAAAUCAUGUAAAGAAUCAGCAUCAGCUAAUAUGGGAUUCUUUGCAAGCAGCACAGCUACUGCUGGUUCUUACUGGCUGGAAACUAAUAAAGCUUGGCCAUAUUCCAAAUUGUUUUAA